AUGUCUUCGCUUGCUACCAGUGCACAACUGAAUCGACCUAAUAAUGUUUUUGUUUCAUCAAAUAAUGAAGUUUAUAUUGCUGAUUGUUUUAAUAAUAGAAUUAGAAAAAUAUUGGAAAAUGGAACUAUUGUAACAAUUGCUGGAAAUGGAACUAAGGGUUCCAGUGGUGAUAAUGGUCUUGCAACAAAUGCACAACUGAAUCGUCCUUACAGUGUUUUUGUUUCAUCAAAUAAUGAAGUUUAUAUUGCUGAUCAAGGUAAUAAUAGAAUUAGAAAAAUAUUAGAAAAUGGAAAUAUUAUAACAAUUGCUGGAAAUGGAAUUCAUGGAUUCAGUGGUGAUAAUGGUCUUGCAACAAAUGCACAACUGUAUACUCCUUGCAGUGUUUUUGUUUCAUCAAAUAAUGAAGUUUAUAUUGCUGAUCAAGGUAAUCAUAGAAUUAGAAAAAUAUUAGAAAAUGGAAAUAUUGUAACAAUUGCUGGAAAUGGAAUUCAUGGAUUCAGUGGUGAUAAUGGUCUUGCAACAAAUGCACAACUGAAUUCAUCCUAUAGUGUUUUUGUUUCAUCAAAUAAUGAAGUUUAUAUUGCUGAUUAUUUUAAUAAUAGAAUUAGAAAAAUAUUAGAAAAUGGAAAUAUUAUAACAAUUGCUGGAAAUGGAACUCAUGGAUUCAAUGGUGAUAAUGAAAAUGGAAAUAUUAUAACAAUUGCUGGAAAUGGAAUUCAUGGAUUCAAUGGUGAUAAUGGUCUUGCAACAAAUGCACGACUGAAUCAUCCUUUUAGUGUUUUUGUUUCAUCAAAUAAUGAAGUUUAUAUUGCUGAUUAUUAUAAUAAUAGAAUUAGAAAAAUAUUAGAAAAUGGAAAUAUUAUAACAAUUGCUGGAAAUGGAACUGCUGGAUUCAGUGGUGAUUCACCUUUUGAUAUUAGAACGUAUCCUCAUAUUGGAAAUAAGUUAUUAACUGGAAAUGGUAACUUACAUUCUAAAAUAGAAUUUCAUAAUUUGAAAAAACAUUCAAGAGAUGAAUUAUUUGGAUUGCCAAUUUAUGGAUUCAUUCCCCUCAUUGAAAAAACUUCACCAAAAUUUAGUAACAUUUUGAAGAAUGAAAAGUUACUUUGUUUGAUGAGUUCAUCACAAGAAAUUAUUCAAAAAUUAAUUGAUUCUUUGAUGUAUGAUAAGAAUAAGGUAAAGUUUAGCAAAGAAGAAAUCUUGGAUGUUUUAUUCAUUUUGGGUUUAUUUAAGAAUGGUGAAUUUAUUGAUUUGAAAAGAUCAUUGACAAGUGAAUUUGUGAACUCACUCACAUUAGAAAAUCUUACUUUCAAAUGGGAAACAAUUGAAAAUUUACUCAAAAUUUGCAAUGAGGAAUUCAAUGUUCAAAAUUACAUUCUUGAUCAUUUGAAUAACUAUUGUAUUGAAUAUGCUGUUGUUCAAAUGAGGACCAAAAAAGGAAACACUUUAUUACCAACUCUUCCAAUAAUUAUGAGAAAUGCUACUGCCAUUUUUUCAAAAAUGAUCAUUACUCAACCAACUGCAAUUAAUAUUGAGGAAACAAUUGAAACUGAGCCACAAAUAAUUGAAUCAUUAUAUAAUGACAAGAAAACAAGUGAUGUGAAAAUCAAAAUGGGACAAGACAAAUACUUAUAUUGUCACAAAACUAUAUUGACUUCAUUUAGCACAUUGUUUAAUGCAUUAUUUGACAGUGGAUCUUGUUUCAGUGAUUUGAGUGAUGAUGGAAUAUUCACACCUGACGAAUCAGAAGAUUUGGAAUUAUUGGAAAUUGUGAUCAAAUAUUGUUAUGGAAUUUCAACUGACAAAAUUGAUGAUGUUAAAAUUAUUGGAUUACUUGAUAUGGCAAUGAAACAUGAAAUUCAAUAUCUGGUCGAUUAUUGCAAGAAUAACUUUAAUCUAUCCAUUGAUAAUUACUUUACAAUACUUGAAGCAUGUGAAAAAUAUCUUGAUUUACAAUCAUUUGAGCAAUUUUUGAGAGAGAUUGUCAAGUUUAGCAUUACCAACAGAAAACAACUUUUCAGGGAUCACACCAAUAGAAUUUACAAAUUACCUGAAAAAGUUUGUCAAGAAAUGCUCUUAAGGCUUUCUCAGGACUUUUGA